UCAGGUCCGCUCCGAUCCAAGAUUUUCAAUUGUGAGACAUGAUUGACAGACUUGACAGGUUCAUUGGUCCCCAGAGACAUUGUUGUCAUGGAGUUUAUGGGCGCCAUUUUGACUCUAAGCCGUGAUAUGUUGUUCUUUUCGCAGCCCGGUUAAGUUAAUUUUCUCGUUAAAAUGCACUUAAAGUAUCCGAGAAAAAGAGACGUUUACACUUGGGAAGAACUACGCUGCCUUGCCAAAGCUUUGGGGUUUCGCAAGGAUCUUUUUCGAAAAAAUGUUCCCCAGGAAUUUGAGAAGGAGAAAGCAAACGGGCUGAGUAUUAAGUCCCUUUUAAACAUGUUGGAUAUCAAGUGUCUACAUGGCGACAUCCAUCGAACAUACAACAUGCACGAUGCGCUGUACAACUCACGAGUCAUCGAGAAAUCUUUGGAAAUGCUCUCCAACAGAUACUUGAGUUUUCAGGAACUGAGAGAAGUUCGUGUGGCUUUUCAGUUGUAUGAGCAUGAAGACAUGUUGGGUUUGGCAAUUGAUGAACAUGUUUUACUCAGAACAUUAAAGAUCUGUGGAAGAGCUGUUUCCCCAGUGAAGCUCAAGCAACAUAUCAAACACAUGAGAAGACAAGUACCUGAUCGUCUGAUGCUUUAUGAAUUCUUAGAUCUCUUGCUUUUGUGUGAGCGGGAUACAGAUGUGCAUGUGCAACCUCUUCCAAAGGUCACUGGUGUGGAUAAAAAUAAUCUCUACAAGCUUUGUGAUUUUCAAGCAGUCCUUUGUACAGAGGAUGAGAAAAAGAUUCGUCAUUUGGACACCUUAUAUGAGCAAGGGUCUCUGAGAGCAAGCUCAAGCCAUCAGAGGGAUCUUCCGUCAUGGCGUCUACUGCACCAGGAUUUCUUUGUUGAUAGUAACCCAAGGAUAGAACUAGUGAGCAGACAGCAACAGAGGUCUUUGGAACUUUGUGAUCAUUUGGGUCAUUCUAAUAAAAAGGUGAUGCAUGCCAGAUGUGGCUAUACAGGAGCCUCUAACAGAACAGCUUUUGUUGACUUGAAUGAUGUCAGUAGAAAACUAAAGCCACCAACAAAGCAGCCAGUCCAGUUUGGCCCUCAACAACAACAGGAGGAAACUGUCAAGAAUGAAGAGGCAUUACAACAAGAGGAACAUUGCACGGAAUUUGAACAAGCUAGAUUAAGUGGCUCAUCAGCAGGAUCUUCUAAGUUCUACAGAGAAUUUGAUGGAACCACAUCAGCAAAAUUAUCGAGAACUUCAAAACUUGGUCAUCAAAGAAUUCUUGUUUCAUCGCGGGACCUACACAAUUCACAUGUGAUGUCACAAAACUUACAAUGGGAUAUUGAAACACAGUCUCAAAGAUUGAAACAAAGAACUGAUAAACAUAUGAAGGAAAAGUACGCCAGUUACUACAAAAAGCUGAAAUGUUUUCAAGAUCCUGUUGAAAACCCAGAAAAUGAAGGUUCAAGGCAGCUCAAGGUUAAGGAAUUUCCAGAGGCCGAUUCAACAUUAAUCAAAGCGACAGAUUCAGCGCCAGUAGAGCUAGUCAUUACCCCGCGAAAACAGGUGCCCAAGAAAGACUCGAUAUACUCGUCGUUAAUGGAAAGACUGCACAAAACUGACUCCUUGCUGGACUUUGGUGAAGUCCGAGUUCAGUCCGAGUUCGUGCCAUCUUUUGUUAGUGACAGUGAUCUCUUUGCAAGACGAAAGUUACACGUGGGGAAAAUGGCUCUAAAGGGACGUGGCGUGAAAGGAACUGUUCGACUUCAACGGCUGGGCUCGCUUAGAUCAACACAACAGAAUGACGAGGAAGACGAAACAAAAGAAGAAGGAGUUGAACAAUUACUAGAAAAACUUCAAGAAGCAAACUUUGUAGCGAGUGGAAAAAAGGGUUUCGCCCAUCAAAAACAGUUUGUGUUCGCUUAAUGAUAACAAAUUUCGCGAAUCAAAAUCAUAUAUUUUUUGGAAAAAUGAUAGAAGUCUAUCAGCAUAACACACACAAAAAUCUAUAUGUGCCCAAUUAUAACCCACUCAGCUGCGGAAUGAAACACUCGUCCGGGACUUCCAUACAAACUGACGGGGCUGGGAAGGUGGGAUAGAAGAAAAGUUCUAAAAGUUAAAGUUAUAGUUAUAGUUAUAGCCAGGUUUUAGCUGGCAGUCAAACCUAAGCCGUCAUCACACCCGCCCCUUAGAUGAGAGUCCCCCCCUUCCCCACCGCCGCUGUAGCAAAGCAAAAGUCGAUCGAUUGACACCUUUGUGGCACCUUUAUUUCGGUUUUCAUCGCUCGGCCAACCCAUAGUUAAUAGAGGGGAAUGGUUAUGGAACUCAACAAAGUUCUUUGUUGCAUGUUUUUGUUCAGU